GUCAGUUUGACAGAUGGUUUGUCAAGUGCGGAGCAUUUUCUGAAUUGAGAUUUGAGAUUUGAGAGUCUAGGGCUUCUCCUUGCGCAGAGAGACAGAGAGGGAGAGAGAGAGAGAGAGAAAGUGAUUUAGGAAAUGGGGGGAGGACAUGGAGAGGGCACCACGUACAAGGGCUUCACGGUGCAUCAGCCUAAGCGAUGGCACACGCUCACCGGCAAAGGCAUGUGCGCUAUGAUGUGGUUUUGGGUGCUGUACAGGGCCAAGCAAGAUGGUCCUGUAGUUCUGGGUUGGAGACAUCCCUGGGAGGGGCAUGGUGAUCAUUCCCAUGGUGAUCAUUAGUGUAUUGUUGCAGGGGUCCUGUUGAAGAGGCAAGAGUUGGAAUCAUAAAGGGUUUUUCUGGUGGGAUACUAAUGAAAAUGUCGUGUGAAACUUGUUUGUUGAUUUCUGUUUAAUAAAAUGAUUGUGAAGAAAGAGAUUGUGAUGAGCAUGAUGACAUGAAACUACGUUUCAGAAUGUUAAAUUUAUGAUGUUUGUAUGCUGCUAUCCUGUAAACACAUUGUGAGGUUGAAACUAGUUGCAUUUUGCUUUGGUUUCAAUUGUUUUAAUUGUACCAGUCUUUCUUUGCAACUCA